CUUAUCACAGCAAGUACAUCCUGUCUCUACUCUAGCAAAAGAACAGAAACAACCAUGCAAGGUCCUAGCACCAGCACCAAGUCCUUCAAGGAGGCCUUCCUGAAGAACCUCCUCCUCCGCCUCCAGCUACAGGCACGCCCGAACACGUCCUUCGGCGGCACCACUAGCCUCCACGAGAGGAAGCGCGCCGUCAAGUCCUCCAUGGACGUCGCUAUGGCGACUGCGCAUGGCGGCGGAGCGAGGUGGCCCAAGGCCAUCUUGGAUCCGGCGUCCAGAGCGUGCAAGGUACAGAGGUGCCGGAGGAUCAUGAGGAGGUGCCGCGGCUGCAAGAGGAGCAACGUCGUGGGGAGGCUGGUGAGGAGGAGGAUGACGGCUCUGAGGGAGGUGAUACCAGGAGGCCGGGACUCCGCAGUCGACGAGGUCACCCUGCUCUGCGAGGCGAUGGACUAUGCCGUUCACCUGCGUGCUCAGGUCGACGUGCUCCGCCGGCCCUCCGAAGCCAUGUUCGAUGGCUCGGCCGGUUCGUCAAAACUUUAGUUGCUCAAUUCCAUUUACGGAAAGUAGUGGCUACUCUGGGGUGUAGUACACCCGAGUUAGCAAAAGAUUGAAAAAAUGUGAUCAAACAUUGUCUAAAAAAUCUGAAAUUUUGGGACAGGAAACAUUAUCACGCGGCUGAGGUUCUUGCAAAAUUUCAUCUAAAAAUAACAUCUG